UAAAUUCUAAGCUCUGAUUGGCCAGUUAUAACGAGCGUUAUGAUUGGUCAGGGGGUGGGACUUAUCCAGUGGGCCUUUGUAAAACAAAAUGUCUGAUUGGUCAGAAUGGUUAGGGAGCGUCGGGUGAGUUAGUAGAGUGGGUUAGGGGGGGAAAAAAAAAAAAAUGGCGAAACUUGGACCGCCGUUCCGGCAUGAAAAUGUCACCCAGCACGGAUUUAUCGUUGUUUUUUUGAGCAUUAAGUCCUAAAAUACAGUUCCGGGAUACACUCAAAGAAGCCGGCUGUCUUUUUUUUUUUUUUUUUAAAUCUUGUAGGUUGAGCUGGUCAGAGGGAUAUGGUUGUGGAUAUGCUGACGUCUCUCCAAGAGCAAAUCCCUCCGCGUGUCGCUCCGACGGAGGAAGACUGCCGGAAUUCCCCCACCGCCCUUCGUCUCGACUGCCGCAGUGACCACUGUCAUCCUCCGGCUGUCCCUCGCGCUUCCGUUUUUGACCGCGCCGAUGAGCCGGGAAGUUCCUCAGCGAGCAGAAGUUCGAAGGCGGUCAGGAUGAACCUCAUUGAUGGUGCCAACUGUUCAGAACAGCAGCGAAUGAGCUCGUCAGAAAGCGACAACAUGGAAAGCCAUGAAGACAGAGACGAGAGUCGACACAGACAGCCCGAAGAUAAAACCACAAGGUCCUGUAAACGCAAGUUGGACUUGGCGUCGUUAUCUUUAGGGUCACGUGACGUGAUUAAAGCCCAGGAUUCCGAGAAAAAAGAUCCCGAAAGCCCCCCACCAGCAAAGAGAUGGGUGAUCGGCCCUCUUUUCCAGUCGUUCAGAUCCAAGAUGGCGAGCUUCACGGAGAUCGUCAUGAGUCCCGUGCGGCUUUUCAAACCCAUCGAGCUUCCGGCUGGGUCUAACGACGAAGCUCCGCCUGUGACUCACGAGAGCCAGGAGGAUGUAGACGACGCGGUUUCGAUAAAAGAGGAGAAGGUUACUCCCUUGACAAAACUGAAAAUCAUCCAGAGACUGAGUUUCGACACCAGUUCGCGCGAUUCCGAGCAGAAUAAAGUGACUGUUUCGCAGAACGGAUCAGAACAUCGACAAGACUCGAUCCCAGAGGACGAUCGGUUUACGGAAGCGGUCAGGGCUACAAAUGUUCCCCAGUGCAGCAGGGAAGGAAAACAGAACUCCGAAUCGUUAAAUUCACUCCAACGCACAGAUCUGGCGGACGGUACGGGCUCCGUCAGGACGAGCCUUAUGAAAGGUUCUGGAUCUGGGAAAGCAGUGCAGGAAUUAAUCGUUUUGUGUGAACGAAAGACAAUGGAUGAGUUAAUAAAGCAAACAGGACAGGCAGAUGAGAGUACAAGUCAAGAUCAGCCCAAAAAGUUGAGGCGUCCAACUCCGGCUAUCAGAAAGAGUAAGAAAGGCAGAGCAGUCGAGAGACGUGAUCAAGCGGGAAUGGCGAAAAGCGUGGAAAAAGAAGGCACAAUUGGGACAGACCAAGAGGAAGAAUCUCCGACGGUGAUGCAGACCAAGAUUUUGGAAAACCUGAUGCUGGUUCAGACUGGUAAACGGAGAAAAGUUCAGGUCUCGGACGAGCGCCUUAGCACGUGCGAUACUGGAGAUGUUCAAAUGCCAGGCUUAAACUCCUGUGAUUCCUCAGCGAGAGAGAUGCGAGCAUCCAGAAGUAAAAGGGAAACAGGCGCGAGAUGUACAUUGGUAGCCUUGGAUACCACCAAAAGUGCCUCGAUUGAUCUCGUCAGCACGAACGCGACAAACGAUUCCACACCACCAGAAGGUCCUCCGUCGACGUGGGCUAGUUCCCGAACGACCAGACGGUGUAAGAACGACAAAGAGAGGAAAUCCGACGUCGCGGAAGAUCCGGCAGAGCGUUUCAGGUCCAGCAACGGAUCUUCAGAUUCAAAACCGGUGCGUAGGAACAAUAUCCGUCAAGCCAAGCGCAAACCUGAGACGUCCGCAACGCCGGCAGCCAAAAAGCCAGAAGUUAGCAAAAAGAGCUCAAGUACACGAAGAGUUAAAAGAGCCGUGGAUGCGUUUGAAGAUCAGGGGAUGUCCAUGUCUCUGACGCUGAAGGUCGGGUCAGGAGUGGACGUAGAAAAGGAAGCGAACUCCAUCGUGACUUGUGGAAUAACGACGAAGGGCAGGAAAACGAGAGAAGACGUUGGAGACGACUCGAAGCCAGGACCGACGUCAGGCUCGAAUCGGCUCAAGCGCAGCCUGUCCUGCCCCGACAUCACCUCGCUGCAGCACGGUAACGACGCCCCUUCUGCUCCAGUCAGUGACAAAACCCUCUGCUGUCCUCCUUCUCCCCUGAAAAAGGCACCUCAUUUAAACGUAAACGUACCCUCUCCGUUCAAGCGUGCUCGCAGACACACCGUGUGCAGCGUCGAAAUCGAGCGCGAGAUCGCCCCCUUGUGCCUCCGCAAGGAAGUUUAUCCAAAAUGGGGCAGUGCUUCCAGUCCUCCGUACACACACACUCCGUCCAAAUCCUUCGCGUCCCUCGUCUCCUGUUUUUUAUCGAGCCCCUUAGCGUUCCUUUCCAAGAAAUCGAGCGGAGGACACGGCGACGACAGCGGAUACGGAGCCAGCAGCAGUGACGUCGGCUGCAUCGCGUCUUCUUCGCCGCCUUCGCUCAGCGCGACUAGCGGAUCCGCGUUCUAUGCCGGUGCGCCUCGCACACCUGAGCGGUCCUCCGUGUCCUUACACUGCAGUGCGUUCGUCGCUGUAUCGAUGGAGGUGGAUGAAGGCGCGGUUCGGGAGGAAAACGAGGAAAACGAGCAGCCCUCGGCCGUAUCCGAAGAGAAAGCUUUGUCCGACUCGGAGAUUAAGACCGACAACAAGCAAGUGGAACGCAGAAAAGUGUCCUCGAUCCGCAUCCGCAAAACUCUCCCCAAACCGCAGUACAAUCUGACUCCGAUGGGUCUCCCCAAAGCCGUCAGGAUAAAGAAGAAAGUCUUUAGCGUGGAGGAAAUCUACACAAACAAGAACUUCAGCAAACCUCCUGAAGGACGCUUAGAGACCAUAUUUGAAGUCCCUCUUAGCCGGCGAGACGGUUCCCAGUCCCUGAUGGGUUCGAAACGGGCAAAGCGCUUUGUCAAGUUUCCCGAACUGGGCGUGACCAGGAAGCCAAGGAGGCCCCUCGUUGGUGGAGCAGGAGGGGGCGGAGCUCAGAGAAAAGCAGCAGGGAAUUCCGUCACGGGACGAACCCGCAGAGGCAGGGAAGAAGAAGCGCUUCAUCUGCAGGACUCUGAUUCGCUCCUGUGCUCGAAACUGAACGAACUGGACGAGUGGAUGGAGACGGAGCACGUGGUUUACUGAAACCUUCAGUCUGGCUUGUUUUUCUUUCCAUAGCGUACACGUGCAGAAAUGUACGGGGGGACAGACGCUUGUACAGCGUGCGCUUUAUAAAGUUUCACUUCACUUCCAACGAGUUCUCUCGCAGCCCUUUUCCAGAUUUCAGAAAUGUAAUAACAAAUAGCGGUGUCUGAGCAAUGUUGGCCUGAAACACCGACACAAUUUGUCCCAAUUUAGCAUUUUUGUUGUGUUUAAAAUGAAUUUUAUACAGCAGAUGUUGACUAUAUCUCUUGCAGGCUUUGUUUGUUUUUUUUUUGUUUGUUUGUUUGUUUUUUUUUUAAAAUAGAAACUUCUGACCUAGUCAUGUGGAAACUAAGUGAACACAUGACUCACUCGCCAUUCAUGCGCUUAUAAUUAUAGCAAGAGCACUGUUGCUAGGCAACGGGGAAGUGAACUCCAGGCGGCGGUGAGGAACUCCAGAAGUUAUCGCCACAAGAGUGAGCUGUUUACAUGACGAACACGGCUCCAGUUCAGUUCGUCCGCCCCGCUCGUGAGAUUCCGGUGUACAAAGCAAUCCUGACUCUCAAGUUAUAUUCGCCGUCAGCGUAAGUUGUCAAACACACUGUCCGGCAUCUUUCGAGUAAGUGUCGGUGCAGAUUCGUUUACAGAAGACGUCCGUACAAGCGCUUAACCUCCAUGAUGAUGCUCAACGAGGCGUCCAUCAGCUCAACGUAAGAUUACAGCUAAUAUUCAGAGGUCUGGUAUUGAAAACGGAGAAUGAAUGAAUAAAUACUUUAAAUAAAUAAAUAAAUAAAUGCAUCUGUACUGUUCAUUAAGUCGUGAGGAUGCCUGAAUAGUUCACUCGGUGUCUCAGGGUGUGUGUGCGUGUGUGUGUUACUUUUUCAUUUUUUUUUCCGUGACCAUCUCGUGUCUUGUGUAAAUGCUUUUGUAAAAUAGGAAGACAGGACACUUGUUUAUCGUUUUUUUUUUUAUGAUAAUCUCUGUCGCAAUAUCUGAGGUUUCUCUCGUGCCGUACAAAGUCGACUCCACGCCACGUCAUGUGUUUUAUUAUUCUGUUUUUAAUAUUAAAUAAUAAGUACAAACUAUUAACUUGUAGCUACACGAGCAGCCCACGUGGAUGUUCCAGAAACAGGUGAAGGUGAAUUGUUUUCUAUGUAAUAUAUUCCUUGUGUUUUUGUUUUGUGGUUUUUUUUUUUUUUUGGUUGUUUUUUUUUUUAUUGUUUAAACUUAUUAAAUUGAACAGUUGCUUGUAAA